AGAACUGGGCACCUAAAGCAGAGGGUGCAGGGGCCAGUCCGUAUCACCUCACCCAGUUAGUCUCAGAAGACUGAGGAGAGAGAGAGAUCUUAAAGAGGGACUGUCUGGAGUCUUGUAGGCUGUUGUGACUGUCUGAGAGAGCUACCUACUCAAGGCUGGUUGAUCUGGUUUUGCAAAGAAUCUUGUUGGGCUGACCAACAGAGGGCAGUGCGAGAUUUGAACAAUCCUACAUUCCUCCGGUCUCCUCAGGUCCUCGCUGUUUGUCUGCAGUCAGAAUCACCCCUCUGACAAGCAUGAAAGGCUCUCCUGACCUAAUUCCGGCUGCAGAGCUGGACCCUACAAGGGUGUGUAAAGGGAAGGGGGUCGUGACUCUGAGGGCCACUCUGGUACACAUAGACGACGAGGACUGCGUCAGUAAAGAAUCCAACGUCGAAACAGCACCAAGUAGUUGGAUCGGCCAGAUCAAUGGAGACAGCUCUCUAACAGGAUUGGCUGAGGGAUGCUUCCACAACAUCACAGCUGAUUUACCUACAGUCAACAGAACUCAACCCCAGGGAAGUUCUCCUGUGAGCACAGAAGAACGGCAGUUUCUUGCCUUUGACUUUCAGAACCAUAUUACAUCGACAAAGGCUCCCUCCGCCUACCCAUCCACCACCAAAACGGUCAACCCAACCAUAGUUCUGCUCCAACACAACAGAGACCACACCCCAGAGAGGGACAAAUUGUCUGAUCCAGGACCUGUAGUUGGGGCAGAGAGAGAACAGAGCCAAUACCCAGAUAUGGACGGCAAGAGGAUGAGGUUCUCACAAUCCCCUGUCUUGGGCCCACUGAACCAGCCCAACCUGCCAGUACGGAACACAGAGAAGUCCAAGGACUGGUACAAGAACAUGUUUAAACAAAUACACCGAAUUCCAGAACCUGUUGAGGAAAACCCAUACCGCCCCACCUACAUAUUCCCUGAAUUCUAUGAUCCUAGACAGAUGAAAACCACAGAUGAUGGUCCCUCCCCCUACGGUUUUGUGGAAGAUGUGAAAGGGGUCCCACGGUCAAAAAGUGCUGCUGAAGUUGACCAUAGGUUGUCUAUGCCUGUGCCAACCCGGUCCUCUUCCCUCAAACCUUCCAAAAGGAACGAGUGGGAGCCCCCUGACAAUAAGGUAGACACCAGGAAGUACCGUGCCGAGCCCAAAAGCAUCUUCGAGUACGAGCCGGGAAAAUCAUCGGUGCUGAAACUGGAGAGAAAGACUCAGGACAUAAGUCCAGAAGAUGUACAUUUAGAGAAUGAGCCUUGGUAUAGAUUCUUUUCAGAGAUGGAUUUUGAUGAAGCGAAGCUUCGUUCAGCAGAGCUAACAAUCCCAGGCUUUGGAGACACUUCAGCCAGACACACAAGAAAGAGAAAAAGAGAGACAGUCACCACAGCUAAUGCUCCUGCUUCUAUUCUAGUUGGAAGAGACCUUCCUGUGGAUUUAUCAAUGACUUCUUUGUUUGGUCUGUUGCAGAGUGCCCCCUCUUUUAGCCCCCUGGAAACACCCGCCGAACUACAGCAGUACUCCGGGUGUAAGGCCGGACACAGCGAGGUGGAGAAGGACGAAGGAUCAUCCAGCGGCGAGCCAGCGGCUCCAGAAUGUGACCGCCAUGUUUACAAGAGCGUCCUGGAGGGCGGCGACAUUCCCCUGCAAGGUCUGCGGGCCAUCAACAAGCGCCAUGCCAGCACCUCCUCCAAAGAUUCAGAGUCCUUGACCCAAGGAGACCUUGGUGACGGCCUGGAUGAGGUGGUCAGGAGACGCCAUGGAGAUAAAGAGAAAAUUUUGGAAGAGCAACGGCGGCUGAAGAGGGAGCAGGAGGAGGCUGACACAGCAUCGAGGCGACACACGGGAAUUGUUCCCACCCACCAUCAGUUCAUCACUAACGAACGUUUCGGAGACCUGCUCAACAUCAACAUCAAUGACACAGACAAGAGGAAAUCCGGAUCAGAGAGAACUCCAGCCCUGGCUCGGUUUGACUUCAGAGCGGAGACUCUAAAGGAGUUACCAUUUCAAAAGGGAGACAUUGUGUACAUCAUUCGACAGGUGGAUAAUAAUUGGUUUGAAGGGGAGCAUCACGGCAGAGUCGGCAUCUUCCCGCGGAGUUAUGUUGAGCUCCUUCCCCCUACGGAGAAGGCCCAGCCAAAGAAGAGUGCCCCAGUGCAGGUGCUGGAGUAUGGAGAGGCCAUUGCACGCUUCAACUUUACAGGGGACACAGUGGUGGAGAUGUCAUUCAGAAAGGGAGAGAGGAUCAUCCUGAUUCGCAGGGUCGAUGAGAACUGGUAUGAGGGCAAAGUCUCUGGCACCAAUCGCCAGGGUAUAUUCCCAGUCACCUACAUAGAGGUGCACAAACGACCCAGAGUAAAGAAUGGAUUGGAUUACCCAGACCCCCCCGUUGGCCAAUCACCUCACCGCAGCCUCAAUGCUUCCCCUCAGGUAAUGACACGCUCCAACCACAUCCCCCCUGCCCCUCCCCCGCUCCCCCGCCGCUCUGUGUCCCCCGAGGUCCAUGCCAUCUCCUCUGAGUGGAUCUCCCUGACCAUAGGGGGUGCCAGCCCCCCCACUGCCCCCACCCCUCCUCUACCCCCGCUCCCAUCUGUGUCUUACCGCUGGGGCGAGUACCUGCCCCCCUCCAAGUCUGCCAGCCCCGUGCCCCCCAUCUACGGCAGCCCCUAUUGCAUCUCCCCCAUGGCCUCCCCCUCCGCCUCCCCCCUGCCCCCGCCCUACCCGCCCCGCCCUGGCUCGGCCACCCCUUUCCUCACCUUCACCCCGCCCCAGGGGGAGGACUUCCUGCUUUCCCCUCCCUCUCCUCGUCUGUCCCGCAGCCUGAGCCCCUGUGGAGGGGCGGGCCUGGAGAGCUGGUUGACAGGGGCCAGCCCCUUGGGCAUCCUGGAGAGGGAGUUGAUGGAGGGGGAGGGGGCAGAGGGAGACAGGGGCACUGGCCGCGAAGCCCUGGGCAGCUGGCGAAAUAGCCCUGCAGAGCUGCUGAAGAAUGAUAGUGACUACCAUGGAAGAACCUCCAGAAGCCCUGUCAUGUUGUUUGACAUCCAGGACAACAACAUGAAUGCUAACUCAUUCACGCAACCCCAGUCCCACAGCAGCAGCCCGGAGCCAAGCCGUCUCAGCUGUGGAAUUUUCCAGGCUUUGUACAGUUAUGUGCCACAGAAUGAAGAUGAGCUGGAGCUGCAGGAGGGAGAUCUUGUCAGUGUCAUGGAGAAGUGCGAUGAUGGCUGGUUUGUUGGUACCUCGAAGAGGACAAAACAGUUUGGCACGUUUCCAGGAAAUUACGUAAAAGAGGUCAAUUUAUAACCUGUCAACAAACGUUUAUAGUGUGAGGAGAACCUAGCUCUAACCCUUGGUUGCCUGUUGAGUGUUGGGAAGUUAUUACUAUUACUCUUGACUGUUUAAAUGAGGACAGUUAUUUAGUCAAGUGAAUACGUUUGUAAGUGAUCAGUUUGGUCUGAGGUAUGUUAAGGUGCAUGAGGUGACAAUAGGAGAAAGCUAGCUGUUGACACUCUGCCCAAUCGUCAGUGUGGUGUACACAUACCCUAACCACGUCCUGCACAGUACAUGGCUGGAUUUAUCAUAUGAUAUUCUAACAAUGGAAUUGUUAGUCAAACAAUUCAAUGUCACACACUGCAGCAUACACUGAGUGUACAAAACAUUAGGAACACCUUCCUAAUCUUGAGUUGCACCCCCCCUUUACCCUCAAAACAGCCUCAAAGUGUCAAAAGCGUUCCACAGGAAUUGCUGGCCCAUGUUGACUCCAAUGCUUCCCACAAGUGUGUCAAGUUGGCUGGAUGUCUAUUGGGUGGUGGACUAUGCUUGAUACACACAGGAAACUGUUGAGCUUGAAAAACCCACCAUUGUUGCAGUUCUUGACACACUCAAACCGGUGCGACUGGCACCUGCUACCAUACCCCGUUCAAAGGCACUUAAAUCUUUUGUCUUGCCCAUUCACCCCCUGAAUAGCACACAUACACAAUCCAUGUCUCAACUGUCUCAAGGCUUAAAAAUCUUUCUUUAACCUGUCUCAUCCCCUUCACCUACACUGAUUUAAAGUGGAUUCAACAAGUGAUAUAAGGGAUCAUAGGUUUUACCUGGAUUCACCUGGUCAGUCUGUCAUGGAAAGAGCAGGUUUUCCUCAUGUUUUGUACACGGUAUAUUCUUAUACAGUAGGUAUAGUACUUGCGGUGUGUCCUUGUGAUUUGUUAACUACUAUACAAAGUAUUUUUGAAGCACAUGAAUGUCUAUCUAUAUGAAGGGGGCAGUAGCAGAGCAAUUUAUAGAUCAAGAGAGCGGUUCUCACAACCUCCAUGAUGGAUCAGGAGGGCUCAAAUGUGUAGUUGCUGCUCUAGAGAAAUAGGAGCUGUUAUUCAUCAGCUACCUUCCAGGACCUAUGUUGGGAAAAGUUGUUUUAUUUAACGUUGAAUGCAGAUAUAUUUGAAGGUUGACAUGACUUGCUUAGCUGUCUAGAAUACCAUUUUUUUUUCUAGGAAAACCCAUGUAGUGUUUGGAUGGACAUACCAUGAAGGUACUAGCCUGUAUGUGAUGGCACAUACUUGGACUGUGUCCAACAGACCAUAUUCCUUGGGUUUCAAUUUCAAAAACCCAUUGACCUGACAGCUAACUUAAAGCAACAAAUUUAUAGGCCUGCUAUAUUGUGUAUCAUCGUGGAAUGGCUUGAUUUUGUUAGCUCAGAAGGCACUAAAAGUUAGAAAGCUAUGUUUGUGACAAUGUUAGGCUUGUAGUCUUUAUAAAAAAUAGCAGAACACUCUUACCUCGGUGUAGUCCAAAAGCUUCCAAUGCCAUUUUAGUAUUGCCUCUGGUUUCUAUUCAAGGUCUGUACUAUAAUUCGAGCACGUUCAUCUGCAUGAUAGGAAUCCCAAUGAUCAAACAUAUUAGCUAAGCAUUCUGUCAGAUGAAGUAAUGAAUGCAAUCAGGAAGACUGGCUGUGCUACGUAUGUACCUGAUGAAGAUGUGUGUGUGUAUGAGCUAAUGGGUGAGUGUGCGUGAUCUUCUGUGAUUCCUGUGAGGUAGCUGGUGGCAGACAGCUGCCCAAACUAGACUGGCUCCAGUGGAACCACAGGACAGGCGUGGUAUGCCACUUUUUUUAAGCACUUAACUGUAUCAAUAGAUAGGUUUCCAUCCAAUUGGCGAUAGAUUUGAAUGUGAAUAUUCGACAAUCCGCAUAAAAACAAUAUGUACAUUUUCCCACCAGGGAUGUGGUUGAAUCAAAUGGACUUGUUGUGGAGAAAAGGCUCUGCGUGAUGACGUAGUGCACAUAAAUAUAACUUUUUGCGGUCAAAUUCCCAUGCCCCAAAAAAAGUGAAAUGUGUUUCUAUUGCAUUUUCAACGCUACUGAUGGUUUUGUCACAAGAAUGUUGUGUUAUAUAGAGAAUAUGCCCACUCUGAUCUUGGCACGUGCGCUUUUAGCCAACAGUUCACAGAUAGAGUGCGGGUAAGCGAGCCUACAUUAUGUGAUUAUUUGAACAGCAGCCAAGCAUCAAUUAACAUGUUACUAGAAUAUUUAUUGGAAUGGAGCAUUUAAGCUCAUCUCCUUGCACUUUCACCACCCUGUGAAGUUUAUGAUAACUUAUUCAAUCUAUAGCUUAAUAAACUGCAUGUUUUCCCGAGUUGUAGUGGGACGACCACACAACAUAACUUGGGAGUCAUGUGAUAACUUCAAUAUGAUAUUAUAUCAAUAUUUUCUUAUUAAAGGUAUUUCCACCGCCAUUUCUUGCAUAAUUCAUUUGACUGACAACAACAACAAAAGAACAUUGUAAAGUUUAGCGACAAAUUAUUUUUUUAUUUUAUCCGACAUGUCAUUUUCGUCGCAUUAAAAAGGUUAGUGCCAUCAUUAUUUUGAGGUCUAGGCACAACAAGAUAAACAUGACUAAUUAUCUUUGAGCUGGACUACUCCUUUGAGGAAGAUUGCUUUGAAAUCGGAUACCAAAGCAUCGAAGCAGUCUUCCUGUGAGGACAGAGGUCCCCAAUUUCAAAGCUUCAUCAGAUUUGUAAACUGGUAAAAAGGCAUGCACCAUGUCAGAAUACUGUAUAUUCUGAAAACUUGGUAGAUUGUAAAAAGGAUGCCUUAUGUUGUGGCAGCUCUACUUUCUUCUCUCUUAACUUAGUCAUGUCAAAUUCUUCCUCUUUAUGACUAACUGCUAUGUGUUCUUCAGUGGAAUCCUAAAUGUCAUGAGUGACAGUCUAGGUUCACUAGGCAGUAUAAUUGAAAUUAUAUAUCAGUAAGACUAUCAACAUCUAACUAGUAUUAUUACCUUUUUUUUUACAGUAGUAAUACUAAUCUAGUUCCUGGAGUGAUACUGAUUAAGAUUAUUUAUAUGUUACAUAUCUUUAUUUAUCCACUUGAUGAAGUUAGCGACAGUAGUGCAGUGAUGAUUAGCAUUGACCAAAUUGGGACAUGGUCUGGAGUUAUUAAGUGGCUACCCCCUAUCAUGUUACCUUGUGAGAUAUUUAUUCUACAAUGAAGUACAGCUCUGCCUGUUUACUCAUUUGUCUGUUGUACUUGAAAGGAAUAGAAAGCUUCAUUCUGUCAAGCUGUUACAAUGUUUUGUCGUUGACGUGAGACGAUACAACACUCAAACAUCCAACAUCGUUUAUCCCUAGCUUUUUUACAGCCAACAUCCAACAUCGUUUAUCCCUAGCUUUUUUACAGCCAACAUCCAACAUCGUUUAUCCCUAGCUUUUUUACAGCCAACAUCCAACAAUGAUGAGAAUAGUCUUGUGUGACAGUUUGUUCUUACCAAACCAGUUACAUUGUGCUGAGUUUGUCUCUAAAUCAUUCAUAUGACUAUCAAGAAGUAUUUUGCGGCAACAGUGAAGCAUAGAUGAGGUGCUCUACUCACAGGCGGUAACUUCAUUGGGAAGGACGGGCUGUAGUAAUGGCUGGAACGGAAUCAAUGGAGUCGUAUCGAACACAUCAAACAUGGUUCUCAUGUGUUUAAUACCAGUCCAUUUACUCCAUUCCAACCAUUAUUAUGAGCCGUCAUCCCCUCAGCAGCCUAAUGUGGUCCGACUGUAUGGCCAUUCAUGUGUUUGUAAGUAGUGUUUCUUACUUUUCCCCUUGGUCUGCUCUACAUAACUGCCAUAACUUAUGUUUCUGAAGGAUAACCUGAGUGGUGGUUGUAUUGUGACUCCGCUGUGAGCUGUUUACCACAUAGAGAUACAGUAUAACACAAUGUGUUCUAUUUAAUUACGUGGUUCCCCCAUGCUAGCACUUGCACUAUAGAUAUUACCCUUCUCCAACACAGACUUCCGAAGUCAAAACAAAGCUUAUAAGAUCCAGGGACAAUUUAAUAAGGAAAGGUCUGUUCCAUGUCAAACUGGCUGUAUGAUAGACUUUGGCAACAAGCAAUCGCUCUUCUUGUGCUCUCGUAUGAUAGCCUUUACAAGUCAGUGUAGAAUGUUGAUGUGAUAAUGUGCUCCAUGAAACAUCGCAGGAUGUAUGAAUGUAUGAUUGUGGAGUACUGUAUACAAACAUUAUGUAAAAAGGAUCUGUGCUUUCAGCUUGAAUUAACAUGUAAACCAUUAAACAGCCUGGCACAAUAAGGAUUGUAAAUAUGUAUAAUAAAGAAGUAUGGAAUCCAAGUGAUGGGAAAAGUCACAAAGCUCUAUCAGUUGUUCCAGCUUAUUUACCUGAAUGAUUUUUUGGGGGGCAAAGCACAGAGUGAAGAGUUAUUUAGCACAGACAGUUUGAUGCAUAUGAAGUAACAUUACGCUGCCAUUUUGUGAGGAUCGUAAUGCCUUAUUUCAAAUACAAAUUGUGCCUAAUUUUCAUUUGCUUUUAUUGAUGAUCACAGAAAUGUAUCCAUAUGUCAUAUUUAAGGAUAUUACUAUUGUUUAUACCAUUAGAUUUAGUCCUUGAUGGGAGAAUAGAUGUACUAGGUACCACUACUGUACCAGUACCGUGACUAAAGUGUGACACUGCUUCAAAGAUAUUAUUAAUGAUCAAGGCACUUAACCCUCAUUUGCUCCAGCGGUGCCGUACUACUAUGGUUGACCCUGUAAAACAACACAUUUCACUGCACCUAUCCGGUGUGUGACAAUACUAUAUAUAUUUUGUUUUCUUUAGUUUGCCAAGAUGCACAACCUGCAACAGGUUUUGUUUGUUAGCUUUUUUCUUUUAUUUUUGCAGUGCUGUUUCAGUGUCAAUAUUAAAAUGAAGACAACACUAUUUACUGCUGUGAUUUCGGUAUUAUGCAAUAUUUAAUAAACUAUAUAAAGCAUC